AUGAGGGAUGGGAAGGGGGUAGGGGAUGGGGAGAGGUUGGGUGGACGACGACGGGGGUGCUGUGGGUGGAGGUGGAGGGGAGGGGAGGAGAAUGUUGAGGAGAGGGAAAAGUUGGCCGGGUUUGGGGAGCAUGCGGAUGGGGAGAGUAAUGAGGAGGCUGUUCCUCCGUGGGAAGAGCCGAGGUUUGAGAUUGGGAGUGAUAGUGGGAGCGAGGAUGGUGUGACUGGAACCACUGUGUAUGAUAUCCCGCGACCGCAUUAUCAACAACAGGAGGAGGCUGAAAGGAGGGUGCAGACUUGGGUUCCGGAGCCUGGGUACGAAAGCGAGAGCGAAGGCAUGGUCGCAGAUGGGAUCUACACUGUCCCGAGGCCCACUGCUGGUCAGGAAGACAGGGAACGGCAGCUAAGAGAUCAAGAUCUCGCUGCUAGGCAGAGAUAUGCUCCUAGUUUAAGUGAGAGUGACACUCUUGCAGGGACCCGGAGUCCGUCAGAGGUUGACAGCCUGGAGGGUGUGAGUAUGUCGCAAGAGUUGGCCGCCUUUAGGGAUGCCUUUGGGUUGGUGGAGGAUCUUGUUGCCAGCGUUGAGCAAAGGCGGCGGCAGAUAUGA